AUGCAAGGGCUGGAAGCUAAGGUGCUGGCAAGCCGCGAUCCUCGUUGUCCCCGGAUCGACGAUCCAGCCAAGACGGUAUAUCUGACGCACGCGACUGAUUGCAACCGUUUCCUGGUCUGUUCGUCCGGUAUGGCGUACGAAAUGCGCUGUCCGGAGGGAUUGGAGUACGAUACGGAGCAACACAGCUGUGACUACGACUAUCUGGUCCGUUGUUCGGUUGACGGACGGGUUCAAUUGCAGCAGGCUAAGUACGGUUUCGAAAUGCCUUUGGAGCAGCUCGUAAUCAAUCGUCCCACCUGGGACGAUCUCCAGGAACAGCGCGUUGAAGAGCCGGUCCCACAGUACAAACCGGCCGUCAGUGUCGUUGAUGCUCGGUGCCCCCGCACGGAUGAUCCGAUGAAACCGAUCCAUCUCACACGCACGGGCAACUGCAGCAAGUUCAUGAAGUGUUUCGGAGGUCGUGCCUACGAGAUGGACUGCCCGGCCGGUCUGGAGUUCGAUGCGAAGAACAAUCGAUGCGACUAUCCGGCACUAGCCGGGUGCAACCACCAGUGA